ACAUUUCAGAAAAUAAUCGAGAUUAUUUGAGUUUAUAUCAAAUAGUCCGUAUUAAUUUUGAUACACCCUGUACGUCGGGUCUACGUGACUUUAGUGGCUCUUGGUACAAGUUAAUUUGUAUGCACUACGUCACACUCGGUACUCCCUGUGAUCGGACCCAUCAUUACAUUUUUUCCAACCGAAGCAGCAUCAACGUGGUUCUUAUCUUGAGGCGGAAACGAAGCACGUGGCUGAAUUUUUUCUCCCCCUUUAGGUUUCAUCUUGACAUUUUUCCUGUAUUCGGAAUGCCACCACGAAAACGAGCGGCGACCCAGAGAUCCCCGGCCAGGGGGAUCGGGAAAAAACGUAACCGCCGGACACCAGUUCAACUCCGGGAACGAAGCCCACCUCGCACCGCCACAUCUUGGACGGAUCGACAAGCCCCGGCAGAGGGGCAGUCACAGCCCCCUGAGGAGGCCCCUCAAUUUCCAAUGGAUAGUACACCGGAUAACCCGGAAAUUGAAGAAGGAUUUAGCCUUAACAAAGAUGGAAAAGAAAAGAAUUGAGAAGAUCCUUAUUAAGGAGGCUAGAUCCCCAGAAGUGACGGAUGACGAGGAACCAACACAUCGAAAGGUCCUGGCAACAGGCAAUACUUCCAAGGAGCGUGACGGAAGUGACAAAGACAGCACCCCCUGAUAACAUUCCAGACUUACGGUUGGGUUUGCAUCCUGCCUACAACGUUUCCUACUAAGUGAUACUAUGAACUAGAUCUUGAAAAAUAAUAAGCAUCUUCCUCUCAUCAUUGUCAAACAUACGACGUUACAAUAUCCCAGAUCUAUGGUUUGUCUGUAUUCUGCCUGUGAAGUGUUUCUACUAAGUAAUACUGCAACCCCGAUCUUGAAAAGCAAUACGCUAUUCCUCUCAUCAUGGUAAUCAAACGUACAAAGUUGCAAUAUCCUGUAGCUUAUGGUUUGGUCUGUAUCCUGCCUACAAUGUUUUUGUUACUAAGUGAUACUACGACCUUUGAACUCUGAUCCUAAAAAACAAUAGGUAUCUUCCUCUCAUCAUUAUGAUCAAAUGUAUCAAGUUACAAAAUCCUAGAGCUUAAUGUUCGGUCUGUAUCUUGCCCACAAUGUCCGUACGGAGAGACGGACGACGCCAUACCAUAAUGAAAAAUGAAAUUAAAGAUAACGAAAAGUGAUCAAUCUCAUAACUCCUAUAAGCAAUACAAAAUAGAGAGUUGGGCAAACACGGACCCCUGGAUACACCAGAGGUGGGAUCCGGUGCUUAGGAGGAGUAAGCAUCCUCUGUCGACCGGUCACACCCGCCGUGAGCCCUAUAUCUUGAUCAAGUAAACGUACAAUCGGUAUGAAACAUGUCGGACAGCAUUUGACCCAAUCAUAGGUUGUAUUGGCAAACUAGAUCGUUAUAACGACCAUAGAAUUUGCGAAAUGCUGAUUUUAAAAGAAACUAUUGGAACCCCUGCACCAUCAACUUGUUUGUCAGUAGCCUGCUUUGAAUUAAAAACUGCCCAUACGCAGAACAAGCUCUUGCGUGGGAGAUUUAGUGUAGGUAUAGUUUUGUUGUUUUGUUAUUAUCCUCUGUUAAUAUUAGCCACCUUAUGUAAUUCUUUUUGUUUGUCCCAAAGAAUGGACAGGUCGACCCGAAAAUUUGACAAUCUGGUUGUUCGUGUCGUUGGUAUUUUAGUGCUUUAUAUAGUUUUUUUUGUAUUUGACCUUGUGUCCACAUUGUGGAUCUGACACUUCUAGUUAUCGGGUGUUGUUGGAACUUAGUGCUUAAAUAUAUAUAUAUAUAUAUAGAGAGAGAGAGAGAGAGAGAGAGAGAGAGAGAGAGAGGGAGGAUAUCUCUAUUGCGUGUUUUGAUAUUUCAAGCCUCGCGAAUAAAUACACCAUAUCAACGAGUUGGAUAAACCAAAUAUCAAAAUACGCAAUUGUAGAUGUUCUAUUUAUCCCAUGCGUCUUCUUUUCUCUUAAUUUUGAGAUGGUCCCCAGUAUGGUAGAAACAGCUGAUAGAAUUUGUUUUAAAUAUGUUACUCAGACGUCGUGCUUAAUAUGUCUACCUUACGUGGGGAAAAAUAGUGCGCUUAUGAACCAUUGAUAUACAGUAGAAAAAGGCAAUUUUAUAAAAGAUACCAUGGAUGAAAAUUGUUUUAGAAGGGAUUAUAGUUUAUAAUAAAUAAUGGUUUUGCCAUUCCAACAAAGUGACAACUAUUGACCGAGUAUUCAUUUUUUGACGUAGGCCUGACCUUCUGAUAAAAGUUUGAUGUCGUCGUCGUUUUGAAAUAAACAUGUGUAAUAACGAUCAAUGAAAGUAAUAUUUUAAUGCAGCGUUAUUAGAAUGUUCAACAGUUUACAAUGAAAAGUAGAAGUGUUUGUGCAUUUGGAUUUUAUUUACGUAGUUUUUUUGGAUCUGAGGGCGAGAGGAAAUCCUGGGGCACUUGAAAUAGGCCUAGCCUAGUAAGUAAAGCUGUUGAGAUUUGUUGCAUUCAAUAUGCUCCAGAAAAAAGAGACUGUGCUUGUGAAUACUUGGUACCGCGGCAUGUCGAGGUACUUUCGAUUAGGCUUGUCCAGUAGGCGGUCGAUUCCUUGUCGAUGAUCAUAAUGUGCACAUAUUUUUGUUUUCUGAUCGUAAUUUUUGAGUAGUUACAGACCGAGUUGUCAUUUUUGUGGCCGAUAACUUGCAUUAUAUGUCAGUGGGGCAACAUCAUUUUAAUUUUGCUAUUAAAAAAUUCUAAAUAAAUACAGAAUAACAAGUUUUACGCUUUAUGUCAUGCAUGGAUAUGCAUAAACACAGAAAAAAUGUCAUCCAAGCGGGAACAGUUUCAAAAAUAGUUCGGACCGGAAGUGCUUUAUCAAACGGGCGUAUGAUAAAGUUAAUGCUCUAUCUCACUUUCAAUAUACACCACACGUAUGAGAUAAAUAUAUAUAUUGUUAUAUACAAUAUGAAUAUACAUAAAGAUUAACCUUAUUGUUUGUUUGUACUUGCAAUUCGCAGAAGUAAAAUUAUUUGGAAAAAUAGUAUUU